GUCCAGAAUAGAACGGUCAGACUGGACUGAUCCCAAACACGCCCGGAUACAGCGAACGGUCUGACUGUCACGUUGAAUGAUUAAACCAACUUUACUGGUAAACGAUGUGACCCUGCGUGGAAAAAACCUCGGCGAGGACCGCAGGAAUCAGAUGACAGCCAACUUUGGCAGCUGGGAGAGGCGCACCGCAACAACAUGGCAUCUCAGCCGAGUGCGUACAACGAAGAAAGGAACCUUCUUCGCCGCCGAGCUUGGGAACAGAGGAUCCAAGAAACAAGUCAAACCAAAGAAUUUAACCCUGAAAAUGUGCCACUUUUUGGGGAACCAUACAAGACAAACAAAGGGGAUGAGCUUUCCAAUCGAAUCCAAAGGAUGCUGGGCAGUUAUGAAGAUGUGAAUAUUCCCUGUUCUUUUUCCCUAGAGGGUUUACCUAUUCCUACCAAAUCUUCACAGUCCCAUCAGAGUCAGACAAACGAACAUAAAUCAACAAAAACUCCAUUCCUCAAUCAGGACUUUCACACAUCUACCCAGAACGGGACGUCAAGUAACAGCUUUCCCUCUCAUCCUGUGAGGGUGCCUACUGUUGUGUCUUCUCCAAACCACCAUAAACAUUUUUCCACUCUUUCAAAGACUUCUUUGAACCACAGUUCAGUCACCAAGUUCAGUUCAGUACAGCAACAAAAGGAGAGCGAACUCUUCGCAGAUCUCAGGGGAUGUGUUGGCCUUCAUCAAGAAAUGUCUGCCCAGUCUUCAGAUGCUAAGCCUUUGAACCUUCUACAUUCCACUGACCAUAAUAUUGACAUGGAUACUAGGGACACUUUUGUUAGGCAUCAGCUUCAAGGGUCUACAAAUUAUUCCUCCGAGUCUGCCGGUACCAUGGAUGCUUCCACACUGAACAUUAGGCAUUCACCUAAAGAUGCGUCUCUGCCUCAAACAAAGACUAACACCCUACCCUCCCAGACAUUUACUUCACUGCUUUCAUCCAAGCAGUCUGGGACAGCAAUGACCCAGAAACCAACAGCGUAUGUGCGUCCCAUGGACGGCCAGGACCAGGUGGUCAAUGAGUCACCCAAUCUGAAGCCAUCUCCAGAACAUUAUGUACCACUUCCAGACCUAAUAAACAAUUCUGACUCUCUCAAAACAAAGAAUAUGCCACAGUAUAUGGAGACAACAGAAGAACUUGAGUGUGUGGAAGACAUCUUGAUGGAAAUGACUCACUCAUGGCCCCCUCUACUGACAGCUGUACACACACCUUGUUCUACUGAACCCUCCCAAUCUCCAUUCCCAGCCAAGGAAGCAGAACAAAUCACAUUAUGUCCAGAACAAAACAAUCCUGAUACCUCUCCUGUAGCUCUGUCUCAUUUCAACAAGCAGAGCUCCUCAGUUCCAGUGAACGCUGCACAUUCCAGCGGUGCAGAGAUGUCGAGCUCCAGUGAGUCAGAGAGCAGCCGUGAGUCGGACAGUGAAGGCUCCACCGAGGAGACACUUCAACUACCAGAAGGCAGCUUAGUUAAAACCGAGCCUGACGCUCCAGUAGUGAAUUAUGGUGACUGGCAGCUGGUGCACUUUAUCAGAUCCAGUCAUCAAAAGUCCAACGCUGAUUCGUCUGUCUCUCAGAGUCCCUCUCACAAGCAGCUGCUGCCCACUCAAAGCUCCAAACUGGCCAGUGGAGAGACCAGUAAGACGUCUACGCUUUCCAAACUUCAGCCUUUUUCUGAACAAAAAGAUCCUGGAGAUGAUCUGCCGGUUCCUCAGCAGUGCAAGGAAAUCCACCAGAACAACUACCUCUGCCAGCAGAGUCACAACAAAUCUCUUUCUCCUGAAGUGAGUUGCUUUAAUAACCCCCUGAAACUCUCAAAGCAAGCGACAGAUGACUCGGAUCACACUGAAGCAGCACUUGAUGUGAAGUGUGAGGACUUUGCAACCACACAAACAAAAAAAGAGUUGCGUUUUCCAGAUAGACCCAAGAUAAAGACAAAAACUGGGCAUCGGAAGAAGAACAGCACUGACAUAAAAAAAGACAUUAAAAGGACUAAAUACACCAAAGUUGUUGAGAAGCAGAAGGUUGAAUCAGAAGUCACACCUGUGCUGUACGGCCACUGUCCAUUAUGUGGUGUGAGUUACCCCAACACCUGUUCCUGCCCCACCCAGAGUCCUGCUCAGCCUGCUGAACCGUCCUCUGCCCCACCCAUUAAAACCAGCUGUAAAAAAGCCAAGAAAGAGACUGUACAGCAGAGCAGCAACAAGGUACCACAGAAAUCAACCUUCAAGCACUUGGAGAAGUCUGGGAAUGUAGCCAAGGCAUCCCAAGACAAAUCUCAGCUACCUAGAUCCCUGUUGGUCAAGAUAGACCUAAGUCUGCUCGCAAGGGUACCCCAGACGUCCAUCACUCACGAAGGGACUCCCAGCAGUGCAAAGAGACCUUUGGUCUUAGAGAAACAUGAAGAGGGCGGCGAUGCACACAAACUCACCAAAACCAGGAAAAAGGCUCAAAAUGUUGAGGAAGAAAGUAAAACCCUUCCCAAGAAGAAACAGAAGCUGGAAAACAAGAGCAUCUCAACACCUUGUGCUUCUGUGAAAGUAGAAAGUUCCACCAAGCCGUCCGGGGCACGGGCGCAAAAGAAGGCCAAGAAACAUGUCCAGGACCCAGCAACAUCCAAAGGCGCUUCCACAAACUCAAAGGCGCACAAUCACUGUUCUGGGAAGACACGAAACUCCUACAAGGAGGCUGGAAAGGGCCAAGUUUUCCACGACAACAAGAAGAGCGGUGGAAAACGCACAGACAACCAAAAGCUCCAGCAAAAACCCUCAAAGAGCAGCUGUGCAGUAAAAAUAACUUCACAACCCAUCAGGCCCCUGCUAAUAUUUGAUGAGAGACAGUACCCAGUGAAGUAUUACAUAAAAGAGGCCAAAAAAUUGAAGCACAAGGCAGAUGCAGAGACAAAUAAGCUCAGUAAAGCCUUCAACUAUCUGGAUGCCGCCAUGUUCUUUGUUGAAAGUGGGAUUGCGAUAGAAAAAGAUCCACAGAUUUCAACGUCUUCCUACACGAUGUUUGCAGAGACCGUGGAGCUCCUGAAAUUUGUACUGAAACUAAAAAACCCAGCAGACUCCUCUGCUCCGCCCUCAGAAAAGGACUUUUUAGCUUUAUGUUUAAAGAGCCAGUCUCUCCUGCAAAUGGCCAUGUUUCGCCACAAACAAAACACUGCACUGAACUUUUCAAAAACCCUCACCGAUCACUUUAAUACCUCUGCUCAGGCGACACACAAUCCGCUCAGCAACGUGUCGUCUCCAGCCCACACGUCGGCCAGCUCAGGUCCAGGAUCAAACCAAAGCACCAGCAGCCUGGGGGUGACGAUUCCUCAGGAGAUCGAACAAAUGGUCUUCUCCUACGUCAACAUCACUACGUUGUUCUUAAGCGCUCAUGACCUCUGGGAUCAGGCGGAGGAAGUGGCGCACACAGGCAGUGGUUUGUUAGCAGAACUGGACGCGGUCCUCAGCCCACUGAGCCUGACUUCUACCAUGAGCUCUAUGAUCUGCUACAUAAGACAAGGUGUCCACUGGCUGAGGCUGGACAGCCAAAAGGUAUGA